AUGACAAACGCCGCGCUGUACGAUCAAAAGAUCCCAACUAGUUCUGGUCCAGUGCAAGGCUACGCUGCUUUCAACAGUAGCCCUACUGGGGUCAAUCUGGAGCACUGGGACAACAUUGCGGUCUGGAAAGGAAUUCCCUUUGCUGCUAACACAGGAGGAAAUAAUCGAUUCAAGGCCCCCCAGCCAGUCACACCAUGGAAUACAACUUUUGCUGCCAAAUAUUUUGGUCCUGUCUGCCCCCAGACAUUCCGAGCCAUGCCUGACGGCUACACGGACUCUGAAGACUGCUUGAGCCUAAAUAUAUGGAGCGCCGCAAACUCGACGGAUGCGAAGCUGCCCGUUGUUAUGUGGAGUUAUCCAGCCAUGUCGAGUGCUCGCGACGCUCUUUUUGAUGGCGGAGGCAUGGCUGACAAAGGCGUCGUCUUUGUCAAUUACAAUUACCGGAACGGUAUUUUUGGCUGGCUUGCACACCCCUGGCUCUCAGCCGAGAUGAACGAAACGCACCACACAAAUAGCUCUGGUAACUGGGCAAUUCUCGAUCAGAAUGCUGCUCUUAACUGGAUUGUUGAGAAUAUUACAGCGUUCGGAGGAGAUCCUGAACAUAUUACAGUGAUGGGCCAACCAGCAGGUUCAGCCGCCACCUACCAUAUUGUGAAUAGUCCGUUGACGAAGGGACUCAUCGUUGGCGCUAUAAUCGAAUCUGGUGUUCGCGACCCCAAAGAUCCUUUGAGUUCCAGCCCUGCCGAGAACUACCGUAGUCUCGACGUGGCCCUGGAAAAUGGCAUGAGCUAUGUAUCGGAUUAUAAUGUCACCUCACUUGCGGAGCUUCGUGCGUUGAACUACUCUACCUUCGCCCAGGCGGAUGACUUCGGAACGGUUCUGGAUUAUUACGCUGUGCCGGAUACAUAUAUGAAUACCCUGAUUAAUGGAGCAGCCAACGAUGUGCCCAUUAUGACUGGAAACACUAGAGAUGAAAGCGGUGCGACAUACGGCCUUAAUAUCACCCUCGCUACCUACUUAGCAGACAUGAACACCACCUUUGGCGACUGGACAGACGAUACCUCAGCUUCGGCGGCAUACAAUCGCCAAUGGUCAGACCGCUCCGCCGUGGGUACCUGGUUAUGGUCGCAGCUGUGGGCUACGGCUUCCGACAAGCCGGUGUACAACUACUUCUGGGAUCAUGCGCCGCCCGGACAAACCCAGGGCGCUUAUCACGAAUCUGAGAUCAAUUACGUGCUUAACAACCUGUACGACACAGAUUUACCCUGGGUUGCGGAAGACUACGAGAUUGCCAGUACCAUGAACGCUUACUGGGUCAACUUCAUCAAAAGAGGAAAUCCCAACGGGGGAAAUCCCACAUAUUGGCCUGCCAGCAACGCCAACAGCAGUACUGUCCAGCAAGUUGAUGAUGGCUGGGGCCAGACCUCUUUGGCCAUAUCCAAGGAAGCAGUAGCUCUCUUUGAAAAAUGGGUUGAUGCUUUAGAGACUGUGUAUUAA